CCCACGAGCGCGUUCACGAACGCGUUCACGAACGCCAAGGCUGGGAUGGAGGGCGUGGACAGAGAGAUGGUCAAGCGCGUCGUGCACGACAUGAGCGUGAACAGCGCGCACUUCGCCACGGAGUCGCGCAAAGAAGCCGCCGUCGAGGCGAAGAUACUCGCGAUGAAGAAACGCGCGGCGUCGAUUCGCCCGUCCGCGCUCGCGACGAUCAAAGCCGCCGUGGACGACCGCGUCGCGCGCAUGGAAGCGUCGCGCGACCUCACGAAGACGUGGGUGCACGUGGACAUGGACUCUUUCUUCGCGUCGGUGCACAUCCUCGAACGGCCAGAGCUGAGAGACGUUCCGAUGGCCGUGGGAGGGAUGUCGAUGAUCAGCACCGCCAACUACGCCGCGCGGAAGUUUGGCGUGCGCAGCGCGAUGCCGGGGUUCAUCGCGAAGAAGUUGUGUCCGCAGCUCGUGUUCGUGGACAGCGACUUCGCGAAGUAUAAGCACUACGCGUCGCUCACGCGCGAGGUGUUUAAAGAGUACGACCCUCAGUUCGACGCCGGGAGCUUGGACGAGGCGUACCUCGAGAUCAGCGCGUACUGCGCGGGGAAGUCGAUGACGCCGGCCGACGUCGCGGAGGCGCUGCGGCGCGAGGUGAGGGAGAAGACGAAGCUGACGUGCAGCGCGGGCGUCGCGCCGACGCGACGCCUCGCGAAGGUGUGCUCCGACGCGAACAAGCCCGACGGUCAGAUGGUGAUCGAGCCGACGCGCGACGCCGUCGCGGCGCUGCUGUCGUCGCUCCCCGUGCGGAAAAUCGGCGGCGUCGGGAAAGUGUUGGACCGAACGCUCGCCGCGUUCGGGAUCGCGACGUGCGGCGACCUCCUCCGCGAGCGCGCGCUCGUCGUCGCGCUGUUCAGCGAGGUUCAGUCCGAUUUUCUCCUCGGCGUCGCCAUCGGCGUCGGCGGCGAGGCGCGCCCGGCGAGACCCCCCGGGUGGGCGCCGCAGCGGAAGAGCCUGUCGCAGGAGCGCACGUUCGCGCCGACGGCGGACGCGCGCGCGCUCGCGGCGAAGAUCGCGGCGCUCGCGGAGGAAGUCGCCGCGGGGCUGGCGCGCGAGAACCUGCUGACGCGCACGGUCACGCUCAAGAUGAAACGCGCGGACUUUGAAGUCGCGCAACGGCAGACGUCGCUUCCGCGUCCGACGAACGACGCGCAGACGAUAUCCGACGCGGCGCUGCGGCUGUUCCGGGGAGAGAAGAACACCCACGGGUCGUUGCGGUUGCUCGGC